GCAACGCUAAUCCGCUUACGGAAAACUUUCAAAAAAAGUCCGACGAUGUUCUAUGUAGACCUCCCCGCCGACCUCCAGACCACCACAGACACUCUGCGUAAUGAAGUCGUGAGAGUGAGCAUAAGGAUUUCGAGAUCUGUUCUUAAAGCACAGCUAUGGGCGCUGCGGACAAAGCACGCGACUACUUGGAGCAAUCCGUUCCCCAGCUACAGGAACUUCUUCGCAAAGGAGUCUUCACCGAGCCUGAGAUCAAGUCCAUAGCACGCAAACGGUCCUCCUAUGAGCACACGAUCAAUGCGCGUGGCCAUUCGGCUGCCCACGACUACGCAUCAUAUGCCGCUUACGAAAUCAAUCUGGCUUCUCUGAUCAAAAAGCGGACGGCACGUCUGAAGGUCAAGCUGGGCGUUAGCGGGCAUGACGGGCCUCGAAGGGUUUUUUUCAUCCUGGAGAGGGGAGUGAGGAAGUUUCCGGGAGAUUUGGGAUUGUGGAUGCAGCUCCUGGGCUUUGCACGCAAGGAGAAGGCGAGGAAGAAGCUGAGUGAGCUGCUCACGAAGGUGCUUCGGUUACACCCGACAAAGGCGCAGAUCUGGGUCUACGCGGCGAACUCGGUCCUGGAAGACGAAGCAGACAUGAGCGCUGCACGGGGGUAUCUGCAGCGAGGCUUGCGUUUUUGCAAGAGAGACUGGAACCUGUGGAUCGAAUACGGCCGUUUAGAGUGCAUCUACAUUGCGAAGAUCGCAGCACGCCGGCGGAUUCUAGGACUGGAGGGGAGAGUGGAGGUACAGCAAAAGCAGGACGAAGGAGAAGACAUGUUGGCGCUACCUACGGUUACCGCAGAGGAUAUUAGCCCGACGUUAGGGACAGACGAUGAGGUGGAUCAAGUAGCGAUUCAGAACAUGGAAAACACGCCUGCACUGACAGGUGCUAUUCCCAUGGCCAUUUUCGACGCGGCUAUGAGGGAAUUCGACAAUGAUGCUGAAUUGGGAGAGAAAUUUUUCGACAUGGUAGCUGAAUUUGAGCGAGGCACUACAAUCGACAAGGUCCUACGUCAUGUCGUUGAAGGACUUGUGGCUUCCAAGCCAGACAGCGUGCAUACGGUUACAUGCCAAUUCAUGCUUCCCAUAACUGGCGUUGCAACUUCAUCACCAGACUUUCCAGAAGCUUUAACUGAAUGCUUGGCGACUGUGCGCGGCGCUCUCAAACGGCUGUCUUUGCAGAAGAAAGAACUUGCACAAAGCGCCAUCUUGCGACUGCUACCAUUGACGAUGAGUCCAGACCUCGAUGCAGACAUUUGCACAGCGCUUUCGGCAUCGCUGCGACAGUACGUCAAAGCCAUCGGAAGCGCCAGCGAUGUGGUGCCGGUGCUCGAGCAGUUGCAGAAAAAGAAACAGGAUCGUGCUUCUGUGAAGACGCUUCUCGAGCUCGCAUUGAAGACGUACCCGCAAGACGUCCAAUUACUUGCUCUGCGAGACACGAUGAAGCCACAGGAAAAGGCCGUUGUCAUGGCAGACGGGUGAGGGUUUGGAAGGGAUUCGGAGCUUUUCACUCAUCCCAUCCAGUCUUGCGUCGCGAGGCUUUUUUGCUGCUCUGGUACUUCUUUGCCCGCAGACGCGUCUCGUUUUCCUUCCGUUGGCUGCUCGGCUCAGUUCAUAGUUCAAGUCAAGAAGGCGUGAGGUCAGGUGAAGAAGCACAUACAGAUCUUUGACUCGCUGUUUCUGUUCGUCGGAUGUCUCACCAGGAAUGACUUUCUCGGCGGUCUCGGUGAUCAGCCGGUGAAGCUUGACAAAGCACUUGUGCGCAUUGUCUGCCUGCUUUCGGCUGUCGUCUGCUUGAAUGACGAGAGCGUUCGAGUUGGGCGCGUAGUAACGCGAUUGCCGCAGCGGUUGGUGAAGCAGGCUCGGGAGCAAUGGUAGCAGAGAGCUCAGUUCUAUACGCAGUGUUGCUUUGGAGCUCACUCUGGACAGCAUGUAUGGUUAGUUUGAGAGUAAGCAGAUCACAGAGAAGAAAAAACGCAUGUUCCCCCC